AUCUAAAGCUGUAAGAUGGCAGCAUAUCAAGUUUGUUCAAGACUGUUCGAGAUUAUCCCAUCACUAUUCUACGUAGAGAAAUAUGUUCGUAGGUUAAAGUAGAGUCUAUAUCUCAAUGUAAGAUGGCUAAUUUUUGAGUUUAGUUUACGUCCUAAUUUUGUGCAUUUCGACACGUUAGUGAGCAAAUGUUGUGUAAACUGAUUGUUUUUAUAAACCGACACUCCCGGUGGUGCUUCAUGAGAGUCGCCAGAAAAUAUAUGAACGCGCUAUGUCAUUAUCCAUCAUUAAUCGAGGUUGAUUGCAUACAUUUAAUCAAGGGAUUCAGUGCUUUUUUUCAAACUACUCUUGAUAGAGGAAAACUAACGUUUUAAUUAUAUUUCAAUACAAUGGUUGAGAGUACCAAAUGCUGUGUCCUGCAAUGGGCUGAUCAUGCAAGGUACAUUACAGAAAAAUUUAGGGGGCUCUUGGAACGUCAGGCAUUUGUUGAUGUAACACUCGUAUGUGAAGAACAAAAGCUACGUGUUCACAAACUGGUCCUAGCAUCAAAUAGUACAUACUUUGAGGAGAUUCUACAACGAGAUUUGGGUCAGGAACCAGUUAUAUUUUUUAAAGAUCUAAACUUUGAAAUCUUAAAGGCCAUGGUUGAAUUUAUGUAUUGCGGAGAAACUACAAUUCCUUAUCAAUUGUUAUCACCUUUAUUAACUGCCACAAAAACUUUUAAGGUUAAAGAGUUGACAACUGUGGUUGAUGCCAUGAUGAGUUCCAAUGUAGGAAAUUUUGAAAUUAAUACAAAUAUGGACAAAAAAGUUACUGAAUCAGAGAUUGUAAACAGUACAUGUAAUAAUACAGAUCAUAUAGAUGUACAGUGUGAUGAACUUGUUAACGAUGAGUGCUUUGUACUUUGUAAUGAGAGCAACAGUGAUGUGAAUUCAAGUGAAAACCAAUCUUUAGAAGGUAAUACAACCAGUGAUCCUCCUGAACAAGAAUUAGAGCAUAUGUUAUAUGAGGAUUCACAAGAUUUUGAAACUAAUGCAGAACAAACUAAUACAUUAUUUUCGGUAGGAAAUUCUACAAAAUUAAUAGAAACUGAGAAUUCAAUUGUAUUAACAAAUGAUAAAAUGAAAGAAGUAUCAAAUAGAUACUUGGAAAAUAGAAUGAUAAAUAGUGAUACAUUGUGUACAAAUAAUGAAUUAAAACCUUUAUUAUAUGAACAAUGCUGUGAUUUUUCAGAUAUUGAUGAGUGUGAAGAAAGUUCUAUGUCAUUGUCACAAUCUUGCCUUCAACAAAUUGAAGAAGACUUUGCACAAUAUAAGUUUGAAGGUACUGAUGUUCCUAGUAAAGUAGGAAAAUGUGUCAAAGUUUACACUCAUAAGAGACGAAAAUCUAUAGAUGACAUAAAAAACAAGCUAACAGAUGUGAACAGUAUAAUUCAAAAUCCACCAUCUACUGAUUGUAUAGAUUUAUUGGAUGAGCCGUCCACUAACGAUAUACCAGUUACACUUUUAACCUCAUUAGACAUGGAAAGUGCUGAGUAUAUUAUAAGUUUGAGUACUGAAAAUAUCCACUCUGUAGUAGGAACUACCUUGACUGAACAGCAUACAUUAAAUACAUGUAAGAAAAUAGAACAAAUUAUUGAAUAUAAUACCCAACAAGAUAGUUUAAAUAAAAUAGAAUUAGAUACUGAAAACAGUGAAGCUUCUAAUUAUACAAAACCAAUACUAAGGAGAAGCUUGCGAUUAAACCAACAAGAAAUGGAAGAAACUAUAAAUAAUAAUGAAGCUGUUAAAGAUCUUCAAGAAAAGGAAAAACACUUUAAAAAAUCAAAUUUCUCAAAUAGAGCAGAAUUAUGUAUUAAAAAAAAACGUAAAAUAAAGGUCACAGAUCGUAAAGUUCCAGAACAAGCUAUUCACAAUGUAAUGCAGCCCAUUAGGAAGACAUUUAACAAUUCUCGUAGGAAUGCUGAAAAACUAAUUGUCAGAAAGAAUAAUAAAAGUACAUUGUCUAACAAAGAAAAGGAUGAGCAAACAGUUAAAAUAACAAAUAAAUUAAAAUGUGACAUAUCAGAAGCAACAGAAAUUGAUUCCAUUUUUACACUACCCAAAUUAAAUACAAUAGAACAUAUAAAUCGUGCACUGUGGGGAGAUAUGUCAGAUUUUCCAGAAGACUAUGAAAAUAAGGUGAAUUUAAUGGAAUGUACUCCUAAUACAGAAAUUCCGUUUGCUGUUGGUUUAUUACCUUUACGUACUGCUCUGGAAAAAAUGCAAGCAACACCAGAUUAUCAGCCUCGUAAAACUCGUUCAUCGGUAGCACCAAUAAGGCAAGAUAUUGAUAAUCUCAAGAGGAAGAAUUGUACUCAUUUAGGUAAAGUUGCAGAUUCUAAAAAACAAAAUACUUGCAUUAAUCCUCCGAAAGAAAAUGCAAAAGCAGUUUGUCAUAUUCGGAUUAGAACAGCACCGUCGCAGUACGUACGAAAUCGUAAAAAGUAUCUUUCAACAGAUGUAAAUACACUGGAACCUCCGACUAUUAUCAAUAAACAUUAAUAGCUAUUAAUGUUUAUCAAGAAAUACAUAAAGAUAGUAAUAAAAUUAUAUCCUUAAAUAUGAAUAUCAAUGAAAAUAAGAGAACGCGUAAUUCUAUGCAUGUAAUUUUGUAUUUUGAGAACAUAUUUUUAAUAUAAAACUUCUUGUAUAUAUAUAAAACAUAGAUACCGAAAAAGAAUAUGCGACGAACUAUGUGAAGUAUGUAAACUAUAUAGUUCCUUGAUUUCAACAAGAAUUCAAGAUAUAUUUUUUUUAUUGUCUGGCCAUAUAUUUUUUAAUUUAUAUUAAAUGCUACUAUACGUGUUAAAUAAUACUGUGAGGGCAAAUUCAAGUUUUUUUCCUUAAUUGAGGAGAGAGAUAUUAAUAUAAAAUAGUUAUAAAAUAAUAUUUUUGUUUAUUACAUUUUUAUAAAACUUCCUUGUGUAUUUUUUAAAUAAUGUUCAAGAUAAGAUUAUUAAUUAAUGUGUGUUCUAUUUAAUCAACGAUAUGAAAUAAACCUUUUUAUUUGUAAAUGUAUGAAACGGAACUGCAUGUUAUACAUUUGGUGCAUGUAUGGGGCUACACAUACACAUAAAAUAUAUUAUGUAUAUACAUGCAAUGAUAUAUUUUGUUUUUCAGACAAUGCCCAUGUUGUUUCAUGAUGUAUUUGAAUAUUUAAAGCUCUUAGUUUGUUAUUUUUAAGUAAAACUAUAAUUUACACAAUUUCUUUUUUUCUUUGAGUGUGUGAAAAAUGUAUACAUAUCAUUUAUAUUAACGUGUAUAUCUUAUAAAUAGGAUCUGUUAUGGACAUUUUUAAGAAAUCUUAUGUAUUUUAUAUCAUUUAUUGCUAAUCUUAUUCAUUACUACCAUAUUUUGUAAUCCUCUAUAACUAGAAUUUUGUUUCCUCUUGAAAACAAAAAAAGCAGAAUUGUGUUUUAUUAUCAUUUUAUAUUUCGUAAAUUUUGAAAUUUAAUCAUUAAAUUUUGAAUAAAUCAUUUAGCACCUGUAUGAUGACAUACUAACAAACUACAAAUCCACAACAGUAAACAAGCAAAAUAAGAUUUAAUGAAAAAAAAUAUAGAUACAUGAGUAUAUAAUUUUCAUAUCAUAUGUUAUAGAGGGUUAAUAUCUUUGUUUAAUAAUAUACUUUAUGAUACUUUAGUUCUAUGUAAUAAGUAAAUGAAAUCAUAAUAACCCAAUAUAAUAAUUUGUACUGUAAAAGUAGUAACUAUAAAGCUUCAAAAUUAUAAAAUGUAUAAUAAUCAUAUUAUGUAUGUACUUUAUAAUUGUUUAUAUUUUUUAAAUAGCAAUUGUAUCUAAACAAAAUUAUUUGUAUUUAUACAACAUUUACAGUAUUUUGAGAUGUUAGCAGUUGCUGUACAAUGUAACAUAAAUGGAUUGUUUAUUGCAAUAAUAUACAGAUAUUUUUUACCUAAAUUUAUGUAUACAUAUACAAUGAUACAGAAAUAUAUAUAUAUAUUUUUUUCGUAAUAAACAUUUUUGAUGUACA